GGAGGUUCCCGGAUGUAUCAAAGGUCUGAAAUGUCGGCGGAGGCUGGAGCCUGAAGGGGAAUUGGGGCAGCAAGAGGACGGAGGGCGGCUUUAUACAGCGUGUGUCUGAGCAGUAGCUCCGGCUAGGACAUGUAUAAUAUCGAGCUGGCGGAGCUGGUGUGGGGGAAACGCCCGAACAGCGCACUGUCUGAUUCCGUCUUCCGCAGAUGGACCCAAGGAUUUGUUUUAAGUCAAUCAGAAUCUACGGCCUUGGAACAAUUUGAAGGGGGUCCCUGUGCAGUAAUUGCACCUGUUCAGGCCUAUCUUCUAAAGAAUUUCCUGUUUAAAUCUGACAAACCAAAUUGGCGAGAUUGUACAGACGAAGAGCAUAAGAAUCUUUUCUGCCUCACUCUGAGUGAAAUUCUAGAAACUGCUAGAUUAAACAACACCACUCCCUUCUGUUUGGUAAUGUUGGCAAAAGAAAAAUCAUCAGAGGAACAUGCCAGUAUUUCUGAAAAUCAGCCAGAGUCCAGUCAGGGGACUGAAGAGGAACAGCUCUCUGCCUUGGCUGCAGAGGAGCUUGGUUCUGAGAGAUUUCAUGCACUGAUUCAAAAACAUACAUAUGCAACUCUAACUGAGCUGAAAGAGGCAAUUGUGGAUCAGUAUUCAACUUGGAAGAAUCGGUUUGGAGUCCUCCUUUUUCUUUACUCUGUCAUUUUAACAAAGGGCAUUGCAAACAUUAGAAAUGAAAUUGAAGACACAGCUGAACCUUUAAUUGACCCCGUAUAUGGUCAUGGAAGCCAAAGUCUAAUCAAUUUACUUCUGACUGGAUAUGCAGUCCUGAAUGUAUGGGAUGGAGACAGAGAGUGUUCUGGAAUGAAACUCCAUGGCAUAAGAAAUCAAUCUACUGUAGGUUUUCUGACAUUAAUGGAGUCUUUGCGCUAUUGUAAGGUUGGAGCAUUCCUGAAGUCUCCUAAAUUUCCUGUAUGGAUACUUGGCAGUGAAACCCAUCUAACUGUAUUCUUUGCAAAGGAAAUGUCCUUAGUUGCCCCAGAAUCUCCUUGGGAACAAGCUAGAAGAGUAUUCCAAACAUAUGAUCCUGAAGAUAACGGAUUUAUAUCAGAUACAAUGCUGGAGGAUGUGAUGAAAGCAUUGGACUUGGUGUCAGACCCUGAAUAUGUAAACAUUAUGAAGAGCAAAUUAGACCCUGAAGGACUAGGAAUCAUCUUACUGGGAACAUUUCUACAAGAAUUUUUUCCUGAGCAGGUUAUGUAUGUUGAAGGAACUGCUGUUGUCAUGGGCUUUGAGGAUCCAAUGGUGCGAACUGAUGACACUCCAAUCAAGCGCUGUUUGCAAACUAAGUGGCCAUAUAUAGAGCUCAUGUGGAACACGGACCGGUCACCCUCCUUAAAUUAGGUCCAAGAAAUCAAACCAAACAAAGUUCCAAAUACUGUAAGCUGUACUGCUUAUCAAAACCUGUACACGGUUGCUGCUAACUGGAAUGUAGUGUCCCUGAAGUCCUUAAGAAACUGUAGACCUUAAUUAUUCUACUACUUACUGUUGAUAAAGUUCCAAGUCACUCGUCUUCAUUGUUAACCAGAAGGUUAUCUAUAGAAAAGGGAAAUGUGUCAUCAAUUUAACUAAGUUAGAGGGAGAUGUUGUUUCAUUAUAUCAUCCAGGAAAUUUAAAACCAAAAUUGUCUAAAAUAAUGGCUUAAGGAAUGAUGUACAGAUUUGGAGCCUGUAAUUCUGGGUCCUGUCUAUGCCACCAGAACUGCAGUGGAGCAGGACUCCUGGCCAAUAACAGUCAAAGGUGUAGACCUCAAUGGGAUGCCAGAAGCGUUAAGUGGACUGAAGUGAAAUUCCAAAAGAAAAAAAUGUUCAAAUAAAAAUUGCCUGUCAGUUUAAGAUGACCAAUUCCUUAUACUAGUAAACCUGCAGCCUUUGGCAGUCCCAACACGAGAUCUACAUCAGCUCUUGUUUGUAGGUCCCUUUGGGCCUGAGAAGGGCACACUGGCCAGAAUUUCUGGCAUAACCCAGGAAUGUACUCAGGCUGCCCCGAACGUGCUUCGAUGUUGGGACAGUCAGUGAUUUGCCCACCAUAAUUAUUUCUCCACUUAGAUCAUUUUCUACAGAUUGGCAGUGCAGAGGAAGCAGAUUCAACCCCAAAUUGGAGAAUUUGAUUCAUGUUCUAAAUUAAGUACAAAAUAUUUCAAGAAUUGCCCAGAAUAUUAAGGGAAUAAAAACAAAAAUUGCAGGAAAAGCUCAGCAGGUCAGGCAGCAUCUGUGGAGAGAAACAGAGUUGACGUUUCAAGUUUCUGUUCUGGUGUAAGGCCACCUCGACCUGAAAUGUGAGCUCUGUUUCUCUCCACAGAUGCUGCCUGACCUGCUGAGCUUUCCCAGAAUUUUUUUGUUUUUAUUUCAGAUUUCUAGUAUUUGAUGUCAAUCCCCAAUUGUCCUUGAGAAAGUGAUAGUGAGCUGCUUUCUUGAACCGCUGCAGUCCAUGCGGUGUAGAUACACCCACAGUGCUCAAUAAAAGAAUGUUUUAAAAACAACCUUUCACCUAAGGAAUCCUUCUGCAGAGCACAGCAACAUAAUUCAUUCAAAUAGAUGUGUUCCGUUAUUGUCAUCAUAGGACUCACCAUAGAAGGUACCCCACCCCCCUAAGAAUGAUGAUUCCCGAUGUAGUGUGCAUGACCAGAGAAAAUUCAGUUGCCAGCUGGACUUUUUCUGUGCAGAAAACGUUCCGGCUGAUAGCAUGUAUGUUGUAUGUAAUCCCUUUUAUGAUGUCAGUGCAGCACAUCUGUUUGAACACACUACCAUUCUGCUGUGCUCCUCAGGGAACCCAUUACAAAAAUGUUAUUCUUAAUCAGUAGGGAUCAGUUCAAAACUGCAUGCUGUGGGUCAUAGAUGGAACAGGUCAUAGAUGAAACUAGGAUGGAGAGGAGAAAUUACAUUGAAAAAAUUUGCCCGCCUGCCCCCCACCCCCCCCCCCCAAAUUUGCCCUUUAAGUUAAAGUACAUGAAUUUUUAGCUUUAACAUAAACAGGAUUGACAGCAUCCUGUCUAAUUGGGUGAAAUCAGUGAGUUUAUUUAUCUUCAACAUCCCAUGAACUUAACCAGUGACAGUGACUAAAAAUUUUAUCUUUUACAGUGAUCUCUUGGAAAAAAAUUCAUGGAUAUGUUUGGAAGAACCAUUUGUUUAACUUUGUUUUACUUUGUGGUGCAUUGCAAUAUGUUUUUAACUACCAGCUGAAACACUGGGUAUGUGGCUCUCAGUAACAUACUGGAAUUCUGUAGUUUACAUUCUCAAAAAUAUACCACAGUGGAAGCCAUACAAAGGUAAAAUAUUAAUCCAAAUUGUGGCUAAGUACAACGUGAUGCAUUCUGAAUCUUUUCACUGAUUAAUGCAGCUUAUCUCUGAAAUUAUCCAGCUGCACUGUUACAUAAUAUUGCCAAGAUUUGUUUUCUUUUGUGUCAAAAUUACACUGUUUGCCAGUGUUCAUGUGUAUUUAAAUUCUGCUUGUUAGAUUGCAUGAAGAAUGAACAAUUUCUUGUGCACAAAAUACCGUGUUCUCUUAUUUAUUAUCAUUUGGCAGUUGGCCCAAAAUAAAAAUACUGUUGAAAAAUGUUCUUGAAUUAUUUUCUUAAUGCACUUGAGCUAACUUUGACUGUUUUGUUAUUUAAACCUGUUUCUAGGUUGAACAAAAACUUUCUGUAAAAUUAAUUUUCAUUGAAUACUAAUUUUCCAAAACAAUAAUUUUAUCUGUAAAGAACAUCUUUAGCAAUAAAUGGUCCAUGUUUUGUUUUAUUGGAGAAUAUUAAAAUUAUUCCAUUGAUUCUA